CAGCAAUGCUCGGGGCUGAUUUAAAAUUGCCAUGAUCCAAAGGGAUAACCCGCCGUGUCCCUCUCCAUUUCUCACUAUCUCCUAAGUCUCAAUCUUCCUCCCUCGAUCUGUUUCACAAACAAAGACUGCCGAGCAAUCAUGAGUUGGAAAAAAGUAUCCGAACGCCGCUGGGAGCGCCCUGUCACCGGAAUGGAGGGGUAUUUUGUGUAUACGGGAUCGGUGUCAGCAGCUCACUGCGAUGGCCGCCACCAGUACACCAUCUUCUCUAAAUUGAAGGUUGACCUCGAUAUCAACCCGGCGGACAUCGAAGCCUCACUCAAGCGCGCCUGGAAGCAGCUGCGGUCUGAGCAGCCCCAGAUUGCUACCACAGUUGAUGGCACGACGAUGGUCUACGAGGUUCCCGAUGAGACGGCUUUACAGGAGUGGCUUGCCUCAACCUUUGUUGUUUCACCUGCUGCAGAUGCGGAGGAAUUAUACUGCAAUGUUGAACCGAUCAAGCAGGUUACACUGUAUUACAUCCCGAAUUCAUCGGAGCUUGUACUGCGCGCCCAGCAUUACACAAUUGAUGGCACCGGUACACUACUCCUCUGGGACCGCUAUCUGGCAGCUUUGGCAACCCCAGCCGAGGAGGUCACAUUUGGUGGAGAGCAUACCCGGUUGGCACCCUCCAUUGAGGAAGUGCUCAAGGUCUCCGAGCCGACGCCGGAGGAGACCGAGAAAGCCACGGCGCUCCUCAUGAGCUAUGCGACCAAAGCUCCGGGUGUUGGCCCGGUGUCCAAAGUUGGUACCGUACCUGCUGGUCGGUCACAGAAUGCAGAAAUGACAUUCCCCUCGCUGACAACGGAAGCGAUUGUAAAAGUAUGCAAGGAGAAGGGCAUCAGCGUUACCUCGGCUGUACAUGCAGCGUACAUCCAGGCGAUUAUCAAACAUGCUAAUCCAAACGGCACUUUAUCCCGGUAUGUAAGCUUAGGGCUGUUCAACCUGCGGCCAUACCUCCCCAAACCAUACAACACAGGCGAGUACGGGGCUUCGGUUUACUACACACCUCUUCCCUUGGACCUCGACCUCCCUACACAAUUCUGGGAGACAGCCCAUGCACUGGAUAAGUACUACCGGACCACUGUGAAGGAUGAUCCUGAGAUCCUGCCCCUGCACACACACAUGACACGAGUCCUCUCCCAAGCCAUCCAAUUGCCCGAGUACCAGGGGCCCAUUCCCGGAGAUGCACAAAUCAGCAGCCUGGGCAUUGUUGAGCGGUAUGUACAACACACGUAUGGCAGCACGGUCAAGGUUCUGGACGUGAAAAUGGGCGUCGACAUUGUUCUCGGCAUGUCCAUGUUUUUCAUAUACACGUUCUAUGAUCGGUUGCGGCUCGUAUACAGUUUCAACGAUGGAUAUGAGGAACCGGCACACAUUAGCAUGUACCUGGAGGAGGUCCAGAAAGUUUUAACCGAGGAACUGUUGGCGUGAUAUGGGUACUACAGGCUAGGAUUCUAGCUGGCGUAGGUGCAUGAAACAUGGCCCCAUAGCAUACCUACUAGCAAGCUAGACAAAUCAUAAAUGAAUGAAAUGGGUUUUCUUUUCU